AGAACCUGGCUCGUGACAUCAGAUUGCAUGUGAAUAGCCCAGUGCUUGCAUUUCCUAGCAGCCCGGGUUAAUUGCCUAAGUUGAGAUGGGGGGGACAUCUGUCGUUGCUGUCCCCCCACUCCCCCCCAUGGACAAGCCGCCUUAGGGGAUGACUUGGAAAAGGAAACUCAUUUCUAUGUCGGUUCAGCCUAUGGACAAGACCGAACUGUCAUCACUCAAAUGCUGGAAACUUUGAUUUGUUGGAUCCCUUGAUGAUUUGUCCUGUAAAGUACAGGAAGGGCCAGUUGGAGGUGGAAAAAUGAUUUUGUCAUGAAGUGGACAGUGUCUCGUGCUGUUGGCUCAUGCGUGCAAUCUUAAUGCUCGGUAGACUUGAGGCAGGAAGAUCUUGGAGGUGACUUUGUAGCAGAGGUUCCCUUGCAGAACUGACUGGACACCACACAUCUUACCAGAUUUGAUUGUAAAUGUAUCGCGAAGAGGCAGCCCAGAAUGAAGAAAGCAAGCAGGAGUGUUGGCUCAGUGCCUAAGGUGUCUGGGACGAGUAAAUCACAAACAGUAGAAAAAAUUAAGCCUGACAGCAGCUCUUCAGCGGCAGUAGGAGGCAGACUUGUAAAGCCCGGCCCAGCAGCGUCUUUGUCAAAGACCAAGAGCAAUGACGACCUCUUGGCUGGAAUGGCUGCAGGAGUGACAGCGACGAAUGGUGUCAAAGGGAAGAAAAGCACGGGCGCAGCCUCGGCCCCGUCGGCCCCCGGCCCGGCCAUGACCCCCGUGGAGAGCAAGCCCCGGGUCAGCACAGGCACAAGUUCGUCAGCCAAACGGAGCACUUCUGCUGGUGCAAAGGAGUCCAGUUCUAACAGAGAAAGAUUGCGUGAACGGACCCGACUGACCCAGAACAGGAAGCUGCCUUCAGCCGCCCAGGGCGCUAAUGAGGUGUCGUUGGGGAAACGCUCCCGCAGUCGUACUGCUGCGGAAUGUGACGUCCGCAUGAGCAAGUCCAAGUCGGACAACCAGAUCAGCGACAAAGCUGCUUUGGAAGCCAAAGUGAAAGAUCUGCUCACUCUGGCAAAAACAAAGGACGUGGAGAUUUUACAUUUGCGAAAUGAGCUCCGAGAUAUGCGUGCCCAGCUGGGCAUUAGCGAAGAUCCCGGGGAGGGCGACGAGAAGUCUGAGGAGAAGGAGGCCAGCGUUGCUCACCAGCCCACUGACGUCGAGUCCACACUGCUGCAGUUACAGGAGCAGAACACCGCCAUCCGUGAAGAGCUCAACCAGCUGAAAAAUGAAAACCGAAUGUUGAAGGACAGGCUGAACGCCCUGGGCUUUUCCCUGGAGCAGAGGCUCGACAGUUCUGAGAAGCUGUUCGGCUAUCAGUCCCUGAGCCCGGAGAUCACCGCAGGUAACCAGAGUGACGGAGGGGGCACUCUGACGUCUUCCGUGGAAGGCUCCGCGCCGGGGUCCGUGGAGGACCUCUUGAGUCAGGAUGAGAACACGCUCAUGGACCAUCGGCACAGCACCUCUAUGGACAACCUAGACAGUGAGUGCAGCGAGGUGUACCAGCCCCUCACCUCGAGCGACGACGCCCUGGAUGCUCCGUCCUCCUCGGAGUCGGAGGGCGUCCCCAGCGUAGAGCGCUCUCGCAAGGGGAGCAGCGGGAACGCGAGCGAGGUGUCUGUUGCUUGCUUGACCGAGCGGAUUCACCAGAUGGAGGAGAACCAGCACAGCACCAGCGAGGAGCUUCAGGCCACGCUGCAGGAGCUCGCCGACCUGCAGCAGAUCACCCAGGAGCUGAACAGCGAGAACGAGAGGCUUGGGGAGGAGAAGGUCAUCCUCAUGGAGUCCUUGUGUCAGCAGAGCGAUAAGUUGGAACACUUCAGCCGGCAGAUCGAGUACUUCCGCUCCCUGCUCGACGAGCAUCACGUCUCUUACGUCGCCGACGAGGACGUGAAGAGCGGCCGCUACGUGGAACUGGAGCAGCGCUACGUGGACCUGGCGGAGAACGCCCGCUUCGAGCGCGAGCAGCUUCUGGGCGUGCAGCAGCACCUGAGCAACACCCUGAAGAUGGCUGAGCAGGACAACAAGGAGGCCCAGGAGAUGAUCGGGGCGCUGAAGGAGCGCAGCCACCACAUGGAGCGCAUCUUCGAGUCUGAGCAGAAGAGCAAAGCCGCCCUGGCGGUCACGCUGGAGGAGUACAAGGCCACCGUGGCCAGUGACCAGAUAGAGAUGAAUCGUCUGAAGGCGCAGCUGGAGCAGGAGAAGCAGAAAGUGACCGAGCUGUACUCCAUCCACAACUCUGGAGAUAAGUCUGACAUUCAGGACCUCCUGGAGAGCGUCCGGCGGGACAAAGAAAAGGCAGAGACUUUGGCCAGCAGCUUGCAGGAAGAUCUGGCCCAUACCCGGAAUGAUGCCAAUCGACUGCAGGACACCAUUGCUAAGGUAGAAGAUGAAUAUCGAGCUUUCCAAGAAGAAGCCAAGAAACAAAUUGAAGAUUUGAAUAUGACAUUAGAAAAACUACGAUCAGAGCUGGAGGAAAAAGAGACCGAGCGGAGUGACAUGAAAGAGACCAUCUUUGAACUGGAAGAUGAAGUAGAGCAGCAUCGGGCCGUGAAGCUUCAUGACAACCUCAUUAUUUCUGACUUGGAGAAUACAGUUAAAAAACUCCAAGACCAAAAGCAUGACAUGGAAAGAGAAAUCAAGACCCUUCACAGGAGACUUCGGGAAGAGUCUGCGGAAUGGCGUCAGUUUCAAGCUGACCUCCAGACUGCAGUGGUCAUCGCAAAUGACAUUAAAUCUGAAGCCCAAGAGGAGAUCGGAGAUCUGAAGCGGCGGUUGCACGAGGCCCAGGAGAAAAAUGAGAAACUCACAAAAGAAUUGGAGGAAAUAAAGUCACGCAAGCAAGAGGAGGAGCGGGGUCGGGUUUACAACUACAUGAAUGCUGUUGAGAGAGACUUGGCAGCUUUAAGGCAAGGGAUGGGCCUGAGUCGAAGGUCUUCAACUUCCUCUGAGCCGACACCCACAGUGAAAACCCUCAUCAAGUCUUUUGACAGCGCGUCCCAAGUGCCAAAUGCUGCUGCAGCUGCUGCAAUUCCUAGAACGCCUCUGAGUCCCAGUCCUAUGAAGACCCCUCCCGCAGCAGCUGUGUCCCCCAUGCAGAGACAUUCCAUAAGUGGACCAAUCUCAACGUCCAAGCCUCUGACAGCCUUAUCAGAAAAGAGACCAAAUUACGGGGAACUCCCUGUGCAAGAGCAUCUGUUAAGGACAUCGUCGACCAGCCGGCCUGCUUCUCUGCCGAGAGUCCCUGCUAUGGAGAGUGCCAAGGCCAUCUCAGUGUCUCGAAGAAGCAGUGAAGAAAUGAAGCGAGACAUGUCCGCAUCCGAGGGCGCGUCGCCAGCUUCUCUCAUGGCCAUGGGCACCACGUCGCCACAGCUCUCCCUGUCUUCCUCACCCACGGCAUCUGUGACUCCCACCACCCGGAGCCGGAUAAGGGAGGAAAGGAAGGACCCCCUCUCGGCUCUGGCAAGAGAGUAUGGAGGAUCCAAGAGGAACGCCUUGUUAAAAUGGUGCCAGAAGAAGACGGAGGGCUACCAGAAUAUCGAUAUCACAAACUUCAGCAGCAGCUGGAAUGAUGGGCUGGCCUUCUGCGCACUGCUGCACACCUAUCUCCCAGCUCACAUUCCAUACCAGGAGCUGAAUAGCCAAGAUAAGAAAAGGAAUUUUACUCUGGCUUUCCAGGCAGCUGAAAGUGUCGGCAUUAAAUCAACCCUGGACAUCAAUGAGAUGGCACGGACUGAACGGCCUGACUGGCAGAACGUGAUGCUCUAUGUCACAGCCAUCUACAAGUACUUUGAAACCUGAGCACACAGGAAAAGCUGCCGCCAGCUGGGGACCGCUGCAGUCAGCAGGCGACACCACACCAUUAGCUAGCACCCCUAAGGCUUCCAGCGACUCCGGGCUGCCCUGCGGGGUCUGAGCUCACCCGAGGCCUCCGCGUCAGAACUGGACCUGCAGACCAGGACUUCUGCGCGGCCAUCCUGGAACAGCUGGGCUCAGAGUAGCAGGCUUCCUUCUGGAGAGCGUCGAGCUCCACUGCUGCCCUGGGCAUGAAAGCAUGGCAGCCUGUGCCCGCUAACCUUGGGAAACAGGCUUAGUGAAGGCUUCAGCCACGGCACUUCUUGACUUCGCCUGCGUGGGUCCCCGCGCCAGACUUGUCCCGUUGUGGGGGCCUGGUUCCGUGUGCCGGGGCUGUCCUGGCCACUGCACUUAUCUGGAGUGUCAAGACGCCGGCAUGAGGCCCACAGCUGGCUGGGUCUGCGCCGCUGCCAGGCUCCUUUCUGUGGGAAGCAGGCAGGGCCUCGCUGGUGCCAGCUACCUGCCUUCAGCUCCAGAGGAAGGAUGGGUCACAAGGAGUUCUCCUAGUUAAAAGUUUUUGUUCCAUUGUAAGCAAUAUUGAGGAAAAUAACUCCUCUUCUGUUAGCACCAAAGUCGAUCACUUCAAUAAGCAGAGAAAUGAAACACCGGGGUCUUAGCACGGCGAGCGGAAGGUGGGGGAGGAGCAGGAGGACGCGCUCUGGGUCGGAAGGUCAAGUCACUGCUGGUUGCUCCUCCUGUAGGAAUUAAGACGGUGCCUUAGUCCCCACUCCAGGACCAGUGUGGGCGUUGGUGGGGAUUCAUUGGUGGAGGUGGUCCCACUCUGUUCCCAUCCUUCAGCUGUGGGGCUGCACUGUGUGAGCAAAGGCCUUAAUUCUGUCGACUUUCUGGCUGGGACUCAGCAAACCCUUUGGGAGCAAGAAGUCCAUAUCUCAUGAGUGCCUGACAGAGUGACUGUUGUCUGAACAAUGUUGAGACCUGUAACUUCCAGAAUGCCAUGGUGUUUGGCCCCUGUGAGCCCCAUGAGGAAGACUGUCCCUCAAUGAAAGGGGAGUCACAGCCCCUCUGACUGAUGGAUAGAUGCUAGAAGGGGUCAAGUGUGGGCUGUGGAUCUGCAUCUCAUCCUCGUGCUGCAGGCCAGGAGCUGACGCGCCUGGGCAGCCUGGAGGAGAAGGCGAUCACGAGCAGCGGGCUGCUCUUCCACCCUGCCUGAAUGUCCAAAUCUGGCAGCUCAGGCUGACGCCCCUCUUGGAGCUCUUUCAGGAAAUGUCCGUUCCCAGCCACAGGCGCGGCCAGUGGGCAGCAUCAAGGCACAGAGGGCACCAGGAGGCCCACAUCACUGGCGCCCGCGCCCUGCCAGGCGUCCUGGGCUCGGUGCUGCUGUUGCCCUCAGGCCCAGCGGCUUUCCCUGUGGGUCUCCGCGGAACCUUCCGGAGGGGCAGGCUCUGCUCCUUUUGGCCUUGAUGAGGCCUGUCGAGGAUGGACAGGAUGUUUGAUCUACACUGUCGAUAUUUAUUAUGUCACGGGGGUUCCUGUAAAAGAGACUUUUCUGGCUCUGCGAUUGACAACUUUUGACCCUUGCUGGCUGCUUGAGUCCAGCCAGCCCUGUUAGCUCAUGCUGUAAUGGGGGUGGCCAGAGUUUGCUGGAAAGAUUUGGAGGAAGGUGGUUGGUUACCAAAGGGGUGUGUCCACAUUUCUGUUCUGGAGUCCGUGGGUCCAGCAUAGACCUGGGGUCAGUAGUGGGACAGAGGAUUAGCUAGAAGAACCUUCCCUCCCCCCACCCCCCAGGUUCCAGCCACAUUUAUAGGCGAGUCCACAGGGGAUCCAGAGAAUUGGUUUUGCCUUUUCUAACGGGACCCUAGAGUACUGUCAGUUCUGUGGACGUGAGUGUAGAUGGCUACGUGUUUUUCUAAGUGAUAUUUGGGGGUUGAGGAUGUAGCGCAGUUGGUAGUGCCAGCCUAGCAUACAUGAGGCACCGGGUUCUAACCCUAGCGCUAAUUAAACCAUGUGUGGCAGUACAGGCCUGUAAGGAGGUAGAGGCAGGACGACCAGGAGGUCAAGGUCAUCCUUGAAUCCAUAGCAAGUGUGAGGCCAGCCUGGGCUGUGUGAGACCCUGUCUUUAACAAAGAAAAGUGAGCUGGGCGUAGUGGU